ACCAAUGACGUGCUCAGAGAAUGUCUACAAAUGGCGGCGUAGACGCUAGAAAAUAUUCUGCUUCAAAAGAAAUAGCAAUCCGUGAUGUAGAUAACAGGCAUUCUAUAUUCUAAUAGACCGAAUUAUGCGUGUAAUAUGAAUUUAAAUAUGAAUUCCCCUCUGUGCAGUACUAUAUAAAAAUGCCUCGAUAUACCUUGAGAAAACUUUUUGUUUUCGGUCUCUGCUUAUCAGCAGUGCUAUUUCUUAUCAUCACACUGCAGGUGGUGGUGGAGUUAAGCCAAUUGGAAAGGAAGCUGUACAAACUUCCUUUACAGGAGUUAGAAUACAAAGCAUCGAGACAUGGGUUACAGAACAGUGGCCAAUGGGAUAGUGAGAGGAUCCUGGGAGUUGCAGAAGUUCAGUAUCCAUAUGUGGUGUGGUGGUCCCCAUUGACGGGAGAGACUGGCAGACUAGGAGAGUGUGGGACAAACAAGUGCUUCUUCACCAUCAACAAGACCUACUACACACACCCGUCUACACACGCCUUCCUGUUCUAUGGCACUGACUUCAACAUCGAGAGUCUUCCACUGCCUAGGAGUCCACACCACCAUUGGGCCCUCCUGCAUGAAGAGUCACCCAAAAACAAUUACAAGCUCUUCCAUGAGCCCGUCAUCACCAUCUUCAACCACACAGCCACCUUUAGCCACCAGUCCCACCUGCCCCUCACUACUCAGUAUCUGGAGAGCCUGGUGGUUCUGACCUCUAACAACCACCUAGUGCCACUGGCCCAGAAGAAUGAGCUUAGGAAAACUAUAGCCCCAGUGGUGUAUGUACAGUCUGAUUGUGAUCCACCUUCAGACCGGGAUUCCUAUGUUGUUGAGCUUAUGAAGCACAUCAAGGUGGAUUCCUAUGGACAGUGCCUUCAUAACAAAGACCUACUGCCUCAUCUGAGGGACUCUACAACCAUGGAGGAUAAGGGCUUCUACCAGAUUCUGGCCCAGUACAAGUUCAUCCUGGCCUUCGAGAAUGCAAUCUGUGAUGACUACAUCACAGAGAAAUUAUGGAGGCCUCUCAAGCUUGGUGUGGUUCCUGUGUACUAUGGGGCUCCCAAUGUGAGGAAAUGGCUUCCAGAUAAUAUGAGCGCAAUUGUGGUGGACGUUGACAAACCCCCGGAGAAGCUGGCAGAGUAUCUGAAAAGGUUAGAUGAAAAUGAUGAGGAGUACUUGACUUACCUUGGAUGGAAGCUGAAGCGUGAUGUCUCCAACCCGGCCUUGAUUAAUGAGCUACAAGGACGCCAGUGGGGAGUGCAGGAUCUCACUCAGGAAAACUACAUAGACGUGUUUGAAUGUAUGGUGUGCAACAGGGUAUGGGAAAAUAUCCACAGGUGUAAAAAGGGCCUUCCACCGAAAGCUUGGCAAGGGGAAGAAAAUCAUCUGCAGUGUCCUCCUCCACAGAGAUUUGACUUUUCCACAGCGUCUGGAAAUAGGACGUCUAUGCGAGGAAUUUGGAAACCUAGCUAUGAACAGUCAAAGAAAGAGGCAGGAGCUUUGCGUCGAUUAACUGAGAGGAACAAGAAUUUUACUGUGGCACAAUAUUGGAAGGAGGUGUUUAGUGAUUAAACAAUGACGAUUAAUGAGUAAUGCAUGUAAGGUGUUCAUCACUGAAAUCGCUGUAUAUGCUUUUUACACUUAUUUCAUUUGGUUUCACAUUUCAUAAUUACACAAAUAUCACCAUUAGAAAUAAUAUUAUAUCAAAGUAUUUAUGAGGCGUAUUAUGGCCUACACGACAGCUCUUAACUAAGAUUUGGGUGUGCUCAAGCUUUCGGCGAGAGCACAACCUUUGUUCUCUCUCAUAUAUAUUUGGUGGCCAAGCAGCAAAGCUUCGGAGCCACUUAUGGUUUUUUACAAUCGCUAUGACAGUAUUUUCGAUACCCUUAACAAGUUUCCUAAAUUCUUAACACAGUUAGCACAACAUCCUUCUGUGUUGGCUGUACAAUGAACACAUUUAUUGUUGCUUUGACAAAAAAUGCAUAGAGUACACACAGCACACAUUUUAAAUGCUCGAACUUCUUUUACACACAAGCUUAACCAAGACCAAAACAAUCAAUUUUUACUGCCCAAUUGACCAAUUAUUUCACACUGUCAGCAAAACAGAUAACAUCAUGUUCAAAACUUACAUUAUUGGCUAAAGUCAAAGUGAACAGCUUUUUAAAUUGUGAAUUGAAACAAAUAAAUCCCCUGUAUUGUAUUCCAUUGCUACUGAGAAACAGCUGAAGUUAUGCAAAUACUGUAACUACUUCCCAGCUAGGAAACACUCAGGUGUUGAGAUUAUUUCAAUCGCAUGACCAUAUGGUAUAUGAAGAGGACCUCUUUGGGCUGAUCUUGUGUGGAAAAAGAACAAUAUAGAGCAACACGAAGAAAGUAAGAAUACAGUAAUGCCACGUGAGACAAUAGGUGGCACUACAGGCCACACCCCAAUUUGCCCAUUUUCAAAGUGAUGCCAUUUGCAGGCUAUAAGUCCCCCAAAAAUUGAAAUUCAUUACAUAUUUUUUUUCUCUUGAGGAACCAAAAAGCCCGAAGAACCUAUAACAGCCGCCAUAUUGGAUUUUUCUGUACAAUAAAGAUGAAGGAAACAUGU